AGAUUAAGACAUUUUUAAUGUUAAGAAAACUUGAUCUUGCUUACCUGAAUGUCCUUAGUAAAUUGAAAGCACUCGGUGUUUGUUGAUGCUAGUGUUGCAGACUACUGGAGAAAUGGAUGGAGACAACCAGACCGAGGCUUCCAAGUUCCUGCUAGUUGGGCUUUCGGAGAAGCCCGACCAGCAACGAAUCCUAUUUUGGAUGUUCCUGUCCAUGUACCUGGUCACAGUGAUGGGAACUGUGCUCAUCAUCCUGGCCAUCGGCUCUGACUCCUGCCUGCACACUCCCAUGUAUAUCUUCCUGGUCAAUUUCUCCUUCACCGACCUCUUCUUCGUCACCAAUACAAUCCCCAAGAUGCUGGUGAACCUUCAGUCCCAGAACAAAGCGAUCUCCUACGCAGGGUGCCUGACGCAACUCUACUUCCUGAUCUCCUUGGUGACACUGAACAACCUCAUCCUGGCUGCAAUGGCUUACGACCGCUAUGUGGCCAUUUGCCACCCCCUCUACUACACCACAGUCAUGAGCCCUGGCCUCUGUAUCUUAAUCCUGGCCUUGUGUUGGGUCCUCUCUGUCCUCUAUGGCCUCAUCCUCACCCUCCCUAUGACCAGGGUGACCUUCUGCGGGUCCCAGAAGAUCCACUAUAUUUUCUGUGAGAUGUACGUCCUGCUCAGUCUUGCAUGUUCCAACACACAGGUCAAUCACACAGUGCUAGUCACCACCGGCUGCUUCAUCUUCCUCACUCCCUGUGGGUUAAUGACUGUGUCUUAUGUCCAGAUUGUCAGAGCCAUCCUCCAAAUAACAUCAGUGACUGGGAAAUACAAAGCCUUCUCUACCUGUGCUUCCCAUCUAGCUGUGGUGUCUCUCUUCUAUGGGACACUUGGUAUGGUAUAUUUGCAGCCUCUCCACACCUACUCCAUGAAGGACUCAGUGGCCACAGUGAUGUAUGCUGUGGUGACACCCAUGAUGAACCCUUUCAUCUACAGCCUGAGGAACAAGGAUAUGCGUGGGGCUCUCAGAAAACUCUUCCUAGGGAAAGUAUUUCAGGGGUUUACAUAGGGUAAGUUUUUAAAGAGGAAAUUUAAAUAGAGAUUGGGAAUUCCUCCAUAUCCAAGGCAUUAACCUGUGAAGUACACAGGGUGAUUAGGACAUAAAUUCAGCUCAAAAUGAGCUUAUAGAUCUGUGGUGAAGAAAAGAUACGUACGUGUAACCCAAAGUCCC